GAUGGAGUAUGAAUAAAACAUGGAAUAAUUCACAAAAUUGAGUUAUGUUAUGAAUAUUCUACUUGUUGGCAUCUCUCUUUGCAUGAGAGGUUCAGGUUGAAAAUGGUUUUAUCCAGUUCCAUGAUUCUCUCUAAUUCUCCCUUUGCAUCCCCUUCUCUUCCAACUUCAACGAGUGCCAAGUUGGAAACUUUUUCCCUGAAAAAUGAUGGGGUCAUCAGAGUUAGAGGAGUUCAUGCUUCUUCAGUGGCACCCAGAAACCGAAAAUUAUCAACAUGUUCUGCAUCGAGAGAUGGAAAUGCCUCUGUUGAAACUGAUGCGCCUUUCCCUGCUGAUUACUCUGAGCUUCUGGAACAAGCAAAAGUAGCUGUGAAUUUGGCUAUGAAAGAUAACAGACAGCUAAUGGAGAUUGAGUUUCCCACAGCUGGACUCGGGUCUGUGCCAGGUGAUGGGGAAGGUGGAAUUGAAAUGACUGAGAGCAUGCAAUUGAUUCGGGAAUUUUGUGACCGCUUAAUUAUUCCAGAGAAAGUCACACGAACAAGAAUAUUUUUCCCAGAGGCUAAUGAAGUUGACUUUGCUAGACAAUCAGUGUUUAGUGGAUCUUCUUUAAAGUUGGACUAUUUGACCAAACCUUCAUUUUUUGAAGAUUUUGGUUUUGUUGAGAAAGUGAAAAUGUCAGACAGAGUGAAGACAGAAGAUGAACUUUUCUUGGUUGCAUAUCCAUAUUUUAAUGUCAAUGAGAUACUUGUUGUGGAAGAACUUUAUAAAGAGGCAGUCUUGAACACAGAACGAAAACUGAUUGUUUUCAAUGGAGAACUUGAUCGCAUAAGAUCUGGAUAUUAUCCACCAUUCUUCUACCCAAAGCUUGGUGCACUCACGAAGACCUUUCUACCUAUGAUGGAAACUGUGUAUUACAUUCACAACUUCAAGGGCCGCAAUGGAGGAACACUUUUUAGGAGUUAUCCAGGACCCUGGAAGGUCCUGAGAAGAGUGGGGCCCAGGAAAUAUGUUUGUCUACAUCAGCAGGAUAGCAUGCCAUCCCUCAAGGAAGUUGCUCUUGAGAUUCUUCCAUCUGCAUAAUAUAUCAGGAAACAGUAAUAGGGUUGGUCUCAAGCUGUCUGCAGAAAUUUAGAAAGAACUCAGCACUUGCCAUUUGAUUAACGAAGUAUUGAAGUUGGGGAUCAAAGAAAUGGCGUUUUCUAGCACAAAAGUGGUGUCAAUAAGUGGCAAUUUGUUACUUGUACGACAGCAGAAUGAAAGUUCUUUUUGUUCGGUUUUUAUUUAUUGCAGUCUCUUAUUUAAAAUAAAAGAAAAUAAUUCAGGAGGCAUUUAUCUUCCAAUGCAAAGCUCUUACAAGAACA